AUGAAGGGACUGUUGGUAUUUGGCCUCUUGGGAGCUGUCCGGGCGUUUGAGAACACAGCUCCGCUUGUUGUGUCGGGCCCGCACUUCAAUGCCGACUUCGAGUAUCUCAUUCCCUCGUCCAGACUGGCAGAAGUCACGGAAUUGACAGAAACCCUCUGUACCGACAGGCCUCAGGAUAAUAUCAUAUAUCUACAGGUCGAGGGGCUCUCGAGGCGGAAUCUCGACAGGGAUCUGCUCUCCAACCUGCCAGAGCCUGCAGCCAUUGCUCCACACGUCCUCUAUAAGUCUGCGGAAAACGUGACCGUGGCUGUCUCGUCUAAGUGCAGCUCAGCCUCCGUUGACGUUCGCGACAACGACUGGUUGGAUCAGAUUAGCCGUCCGGGCGUGUCUGUGAUACGGCUGGACGUCUCUGACUUACCUAUCCUGGAGAAAAUCUCGAUCGGUGCCAACCCGCAAACCGUCAUAAUACAAGGUGUUCCUCGGUUCCACAACACCAUCUCUUUCCUAGAACAGGCCAAGAACUACGUGAAGAGGAUCUCGCAGUACACAAAACGCUCGGAUGCGGUCGACGAGACAGACUACGCCACGAUCGAGGAGGAGCUGAAUGAGGCGUUUGACGAGAUCAACCAGAUGAUCGAGGACGAGACGGCCACCAUCUACGAGCCGGGGCAAGGGACCGUCAACUACGACGCAGGGAACAGCGCCAGCGUGAGCACCGUUGUGGACGGGUCGUUGUUCGACAAAUACGGCUUCUUCACGCCGGGGCUGGUGAUGUGCACGUUUGUGUCGCUGUUCCUCUUCUUCAUCUUUUCGGUCGCUCUUAAAUGGCUCAAUUCUCUCCAGGUGAGCUACAAAGCUUUCGAAAAGCCGGUCACGUUUGGCAAGAAAACACAAUGA